UGGUGUUUUGGAGCAAGGGAUAGCAAUGCCACGGCCAUUGCCGGGAUUGUCCGAGUCUUUGCUUGUCACUGCCCCGACCUCCUAUAUCACGACCUUGGCAUACGAGCGGACAUUACAAGCCCUGUCAGAGAGGCUCGAGGAAGUGAGAUUGCGGGUUGCAAAAAGGUGAAUGCAUGAUGACAGCCUCUAAUGCAACCGCGCCUACGGAAAGGGACCCAGCGAUCAGUUCCCAUAUGGAGCACCCGCCCAUAGCUGGCCAUCCUCUCCCAUCCGACCCUUUAUGGUGUCUGUCGGUAUAGGGCUACCGUGCUUGUAUGAGUCCCGUCCUCUCCUAGACCAUCGCCGAGCUCCGCUUCGCGCAUCUGGCACCUUGUGCACUACACCCCCUCCCAUUGCCCGCUCUGGCCCAUUGCUCUUUCAUCCUUGCCGGUUCCACCCUUUUGGAUGUGCAAAUCUGGCAUACCAAAGGACAGAGGACGAAGAGAACAGGCUACUGUCGCUUUUGGUCAUGGUCUUUCUCUAUCCCUGCUAUCCCCAGAUGCGCGUGCUUCUUCUUUUCUUUUUUCAGACCCACAACCACCCAUGGUCGGCCGCUGUUCAAGGUGCCCUGCCCAGAUGCGAUGCUGUUAGAUCCGAUCCGAGCAUUUUCUGUGUAUCUUCAGACAAGCCUGAUCUAUCUGUUGGCGUCAGAGCCAUCUCCGCUCAAUGCGACCUGCCUUUGCCGCUGCGGUUCGCAGGCCCCUAUGAACCUGGGCUUGGCGAUAACCGGCGUCCACAAGGGAAUAAGAGGAAGAAAUUAUAGCCCCGUCAGUCGCUAUGCUCUCCCUGAGGUGGCACCUCUCUCUGACGUGCCCGCCGCCCAAGGGAGACUGCCCUUGUGGAAGCAAUCAGACCCUCCAAGGUCUCAUUGAUUGGCCCAUCUGCCUCGCAAAACCCCCAACUCCCCUUCCCUUGCCCCCCGUUCACGCUCACAUCGCCCUAACCAU